CCGGCUUCCUCUCCUCAGGACCGUAAUCAUGACGAUGCACUCCUCCCCCAGGCUUGCAGGCUACUAAAUUCCUGUCCUGUUCGCUGGCUCUCGUGAUCCAGCCCGACUACAUGGACGCUGUCAUCGCCUCCACUUUACAGAUAGGAAAGCUGAGGCCCAGACAAGUGUGGCGACCGCGUCUGCGGGAGGCCACGCGCAGCCUUCCCGAAGCUGCAGGUUCUCAUUCUGCACGGCGCUGGAAGAUUCCCCAGAGCAGCGAUAACAGGCACAUUUAAGAAGCCACAGCACAAGAGUCAAUGGUGAUGGCAGACGCCGUAUUGGACUCACAACCAGUCAACAGCACUGGGGAGAUGGAUGGACUGUGCCCUGAGCUAUUGUUGAUCCCUCCAGCUCUCUCUAACCGUGGGAUCCUGGGGCCCAUCCCAAGUACCUGUCCUGGGGACACUGAGCCAGGCUGCCUGCUGGUAGAGGCCACAGCUACUGAAGAAAGCCCAGGAAACAUGGAGAUCAUUGUGGAAACAGUACCUGGGACCCUAGCCCCAGGAGCUCCUGGAGAGAGCCCAGGUGUCCUGGUAAAGGUGGUGGAGGUGUACUUCUGUGAGCGCUGUGAACAGAGCUUUGCAGAGCCCACUCUGCUGUCCGUGCACCAGUGCACUGAGACCCAUAUACAGCCUGUGCAGGGCCUCUCUAGCACCCCGUGCUCUGUAGAGCUGCCCAUCAGCAACCUCACCCUCCAUGGCCCUCUGCAGGGCAAGAGCCCAGCAGAUAGCCCCCUGCCAUGUCCUGUAUGUAGACAGGAGUUUGCCCAACCGCAGGCCCUGAAGAGCCACUUCAAGAGUCACCGAGCCACUCCUGACACCUUCUCCUGCCCAGAGUCUGGCUGUGUGUUCUCUGCUGAAGAUCGUAAGGGUCUGCAGCACCACCUGAGGCAGACCCAUGGAGCAGUUCCUGUGCCGUGUUCUUUCCGGGGCUGCCCCCUGCUUUUUGGGAGCCACCAGGGGAUGGAGUUGCACCGGCAGGCCCAUUACCCAUUCCACUGCACCCAUUGCAGCUUCAUGGGCUCCAACAUCAAACUCUUCCGGCAGCAUCAGCGAAACCAUGGGGCUGGGACACAGGGAGAACUUUCUGCCGUCCAGGGACUUCUGUCCCAGGAGCUACUGCCAGCUCCCAAACUGCCUCCAGCAGAGGUAGACCCUUCACAGGAAGCUGGUCCACCUUUGCCUGGGCAGGAGUCAGCUGAGGAGGAGGAUGUAGAAGAAGAGGAGACUGGCACACAGAAGAACCCUCAGAAAGCCUUGGAUAAAGGCCAGCAGGCUGGACAGUUGGAAGAUUUGGCUUCUGGCUCUGAAUCUCUCUUCAAGACACACAUGUGCUCCGAGUGUAAGCGCUGCUUUAAGAAGCGGACCCAUCUAGUGGAACACCUGCAUCUCCACUUCCCAGAUCCCAGCCUCCAGUGCCCCAACUGCCAGAAGUUCUUCACCAGCAAGAGCAAACUGAAGACCCAUCUAUUGCGGGAGCUGGGUGAGAAAGCCCACCGUUGCCCACUGUGCCACUAUAGUGCAGUGGAGAAGAACGCACUCAAUCGCCACAUGGCCAGCAUGCACGAGGAUAUUUCCAACUUUUACUCAGACACUUAUGUCUGUCCUGUCUGCCGUGAGGAAUUCCGCCUCAGCCAGGCACUCAAGGAGCACCUCAAGAGCCACACAGCAGCAGCUGCAGCAGAGCCAUCUCCACUACCUUGCUUUCAGGAGGGCUGCAGCUACACAGCCCCCGAUCGAAAGGUGUUUGUAAAGCACUUGAAGGAGACCCAUGGGGUGCGGGCUGUAGAGUGCCGUCACCACUCUUGUCCCAUGCUCUUUGCCACAGCCGAAGCCAUGGAGGUGCACCACAAGAGCCACUAUGCCUUCCACUGCCCUCACUGUGACUUUGCCUGCUCCAACAAGCACUUGUUCCGCAAACACAAGAAGCAAGGCCACCCAGGCAGUGAAGAGCUGCGCUGCACCUUCUGCCCCUUUGCCACUUUCAACCCAGUUGCCUACCAGGACCAUGUAGGCAAGAUGCAUGCUCAUGAGAAGAUCCACCAGUGCCCUGAAUGCAGCUUUGCCACUGCCCACAAGAGGGUGCUCAUCCGACACAUGCUGCUGCAUACUGGUGAGAAGCCUCACAAGUGUGAGUUAUGUGAUUUUACCUGCCGAGAUGUGAGCUACCUGUCCAAGCACAUGCUGACCCAUUCCAACACCAAGGAUUAUAUGUGCACCGAAUGUGGCUAUGUUACCAAGUGGAAGCACUACCUCAGUGUGCACAUGAGAAAACAUGCAGGCGAUCUCAGAUACCAGUGCAACCAGUGCUCCUAUCGCUGCCAUCGGGCCGACCAGCUGAGCAGCCACAAGCUGCGACACCAGGGCAAGUCUCUGAUGUGUGAGGUGUGUGCCUUUGCCUGCAAGCGGAAGUAUGAGCUUCAGAAACACAUGGCUUCCCAGCAUCACCCUGGCACACCAGCCCCACUCUACCCGUGCCGCUACUGCAGCUACCAGAGCCGCCACAAGCAGGCCCUGUUGAGCCAUGAAAACUGUAAGCACACCCGUCUCCGUGAGUUCCGCUGUGCCCUCUGUGACUAUCGUACCUUUAGCAACACCACUCUAUUCUUCCACAAGCGUAAGGCCCAUGGCUACGUGCCUGGGGACCAGGUCUGGCAGCCCCGUGAUGCCAGACAAGAGCCAGGGGUCACCAGACAGUGCUUGGCACACCCACCAGACUCAGAGCCCUCCAGCCAGCUGUCUAUCCAGCCUGAGGGCCCAAGCCAUGAACCUGGGUCUGUGGUGGAUCCCAGCUUGGAUCAGGCCCUGCCAGAGAUAAGUGAGGAGGGCAGCACCAGGAGACGGAAUGGCAGUGAGGCUCUCCAUGGCGUUGACCUGGUUUGCAGUCCCAGCCCAGUGGAAAUGGAGGAGGGUAGCUGCACACUACACUUAGAGGCCCUGGGAGUCGAGCUGGAACCUGUGCCUGAGCCACCCCUUGAGGACCUUAAUGAAACAGCCACUGUGGAGUUCAAGCCCCUGGAUUCCUCUGGGCCUCUGGAACUGGAAGGGCCAGAUGGACGCGAAGGGCCAGCAGCAUCCAGCUUUGAAAGUGUUGGGACUGCUGGCUUGGGUGCUGAAGAAGAGCCUGUUCUGGAGAAGCCAGUCCCUGAGCCCACUAGAACUCCUCCAUCCUCAGAAGAGACCCCUAACAGCAGGGUAGAAAACUUGAAGGCAACUCCACCUGCUGAGAUGCCACCCUUGCCUCAGUUUCCUGAGUCAGAGUCAUUACUCAAGGCUCUAAGGAGGCAGGACAAAGAACAAGCAGAAGCAUUGGUGCUGGAAGGGCGGGUACAGAUGGUAGUGAUCCAGGGAGAAGGACAAGCCUUCCGCUGCCCACACUGCCCCUUUAUCACUCGCCGGGAGAAGGCCCUAAAUCUGCACUCCAGGACAGGGUGCCAGGGCCGCCGAGAGCCCUUGCUGUGCCCUGAGUGUGGGGCUAGCUUUAAGCAACAACGUGGCCUCAGCACCCACCUGCUGAAGAAGUGCCCUGUUCUGCUCAGAAAGAACAAGGGCUUGCCAAGACCAGAUUCUCCCAUCCCUAUGCAUCCUCAGCUCCCAGGCACCCAGGCCCCAGAGGAUAGUGAAGGCAGGAAUCCCCAAUCUGUACCAGUAGAAGAGCUACUGUUUCCAAAAGAUGCUCUUCCCAAGCUUCCCAGGGAGCCAGAAGGAGUAGAGCUUCUCACCACACCCUCUGAAUUCCUGGUCCCUUCUGCAGGAAACUCCUCACCCACAGAGACCCCUGAGAAGUUCCACUUUGAGCAUGGCAAGUUUCACUGCAACUCAUGCACAUUCCUUUGUUCCCGGCUCUCCUCUAUUACCUCUCAUGUGGCAGAAGGCUGCCGGGGAAGACGUGGCCAGGGAGGAAAGCGAGGGAGCCACCUGAGCAAUGGAAACUCUGCUCCCCUGAGUAAUGGAAGUGGGAGUACCAAGCCCAGUCCUGGUGAUGGGGUCACAGCUUCAGCUCAGAAACAAAAGGUGGCCCUCUUUUCCUGCCCCACGUGCCCCUUCAGCUGCCAGCAGGAACGGGCCCUGAGGACUCACCAGACCCAGGGCUGUCCCCUUGGGCAGUCUGGAGAGCUGCACUGUGGCCUCUGUCCAUUCACCGCUCCCACUGCUGCUGCCCUGAGGCUCCACCAGAAGCGGAAGCACCACACUGCAGCCCCAGUCCAAGGCCCGAGGCCCCCUCUGCAGUGUGGGGACUGUGGCUUCACCUGUAAACAGAGCCGAUGCCUGCAGCAGCACCGGCGGCUCAAGCAUGAGGGAGUGAAGCCACAUCAGUGCCCUUUCUGUGACUUUUCCACCACCAGGCGGUAUCGGUUGGAGGCUCACCAGUCCCGACACACAGGUGUUGGCCGCAUCCCCUGCAGCUCCUGCUCUCAGACAUUUGGUACCAACUCAAAACUGCGCUUGCACCGGCUAAGAGUACACGACAAGACACCCACCCACUUUUGUCCACUCUGUGACUAUAGUGGCUAUCUUCGCCAUGAUAUCACUCGCCAUGUCAACAGCUGCCACCAAGGCACCCCGGCCUUUGCCUGCUCCCAGUGUGAGGCUCAGUUCAGCUCGGAGACAGCACUGAAGCAGCAUGCUCUGCGCCGACACCCUGAGCCCACACAUGCUGCCCCUGGCUCCCCUGCCGAGGCUGCUGAAGGCCCCCUGCAAUGCUCCCACUGUGGGCUGCUCUGCCCCAACCCUGCCAGUCUGCGAGGACAUACCCGUAAACAGCACCCACGGCUAGAGUGUGGGGCUUGCCAGAAGGCCUUCCCUAGCCGGCCCGCACUGGAUGAGCAUCGGAGACAGCAGCAUUUCAGCCACCGCUGCCAAUUGUGUGACUUUGCUGCCCGAGAGCGGGUGGGCCUGGUGAAGCACUACCUGGAACAGCAUGAGGAGACUUCAGCAACAGCGGCUUCUGAUGGGGAUGGGGAUGCUGGCCAGCCGCCUCUGCACUGCCCGUUUUGUGACUUUGCAUGUCGCCAUCAGUUGGUGCUAGAUCACCAUGUGAAAGGGCAUGGGGGCACCCGACUCUACAAGUGUACUGAUUGUGCUUACAGCACCAAGAACCGGCAGAAAAUCACCUGGCACAGCCGCAUCCACACAGGGGAAAAGCCUUACCGCUGUCAUCUCUGCCCCUAUGCCUGCGCUGACCCCUCUCGCCUCAAGUAUCACAUGCGGAUCCAUAAGGAGGAACGGAAGUACCUGUGCCCUGAGUGUGGUUACAAGUGCAAAUGGGUCAACCAGCUCAAGUACCACAUGACCAAGCACACAGGACUGAAGCCAUACCAGUGUCCUGAGUGUGAGUACUGCACCAACCGGGCUGAUGCACUGCGUGUGCACAGGGAGACACGCCAUAGAGAAGCACGGGCUUUCAUGUGUGAGCAGUGUGGCAAGGCCUUCAAAACGCGCUUUCUGCUGCGCACCCACCUUCGCAAGCACAGUGAAGCCAAACCCUAUGUGUGCAACGUGUGCCACCGAGCAUUUCGCUGGGCUGCCGGUCUGCGCCAUCAUGCCCUCACCCACACUGAUCACCACCCCUUCUUCUGCCGCCUCUGCAGCUACAAGGCCAAGCAGAAGUUCCAGGUGGUCAAGCAUGUGCGCAGGCACCACCCUGACCAGGCCGACCCCCACCAGAGCGUGGGCAAAGACCCCACAACCCCCACCGUGCAUCUGCAUGAUGUGAAGCUGGAGGACUCCAGCCCUCCUGCUCAUGCCACUCCCUCCAUUGGACCUGAGGGCUGAGCCUAGCCCAUCUCCCAGAGAGCUGGCUGUGGCCAAAGAUGGAGAUCAGAGCUAGUUCAAGGUGCUCAGGGCCUAAGGAAGAACUGGCUUUGAGCUGUCAGUUCAACUGUAACCCCUCCUGGGACUCUGGUCAUAGUACUUUGAAAUUAGUGGCUAUAUAAAAGAGAGAUAUAGACCAAAACAUUGAUUUCUUCUUGAAGUGCACUAUAUUUUUAACCUGUGAAUUUCCAGUUUCUUCACCAUCACUCAAGAGUCCCUGUAUAUAAGGUCCCGAUUUUAUCCACUCUGUUUUCCCUUCUUACUGAAUCAAGUCCUGUUUUCUUCUAGCAUCUUUAAAUAAGUUGUAUCUAACUGCAUGUGCCUAAUGCUCUAUAAAGCAUGUUAAACAGAAAA